UAUGCCUCUCUAGAGUAAUUCUCGCGGUGUACUAGGCUGUGAGCUUUUUUGAUAAAAAGAAAAUCAUGGUUGCGGUUGCGAUAUGUUGCAUUCUCGUGUUAUUAGCAGUUUUUAUUGUGCUAAUUAUAGUGGUUGGACAAACUAUUCGUAAUCCAGAAUCGGCGACGUAGGAUUUAGUGUUGCUUUAUUUUUGGAGGUGAUGUGGUUUAUGGCGGAAGGGAGAAAAGAAGCGUCUUAAUGAUGAUAAUCUGUUCGACAAUAGAUUUUUGUACCUCGAUGGGGAAAUGUAUAUUUUCUUUUCGGAUGGGGCGAAGAAAACGUAAAGGUGGGGGAUGAUAAUGGUGGAAUAAAAUGGUCUGCAUCAGAUCCGUUCCCGUUUUCCCAGUAGAUUUCUAAGAAAUACCCGAAUUCGUAACGAUUUCUACCACGUAUUUUAUAUCUGUAUACUGAAACCAAAACAAUUUUUUUAGAUGAAAACGUCGAUUAUAUUUGUGAAUUAUGUGAAUAAAAUUGCCAAUAAAGUUGAUAUUUUGUAGUAA